CGCUAAUGGCGUAUCUUGUUAUUUUGGCUCUUGUAGUUGUGAUUGUGUUUUUGCUGGUUCGUGUCCUAAAUCUGACGGAUUCUUCUCAUCCUCCAAAGAUAAUUUCAUCGGAUAGCCAUUUUACCAACACAGUCUUAGAGUCGUGUCCUAUUUUUUUCGAAAGGUAUUCCCCCCCAGUCAUUUGGGGAAAGAGUGGCCACUGUCAAACCCUUGUAGGAGCCCUGUUCGGUAGACGUGCUUGCCCAGAGUUGAAAGGAGCCUUACACACAACAAAGCUGCAUGAUGGCACUGUUGUCACUUAUGAGAUUUACUCUCCUGACAAAAAUUCACUUUUGAGUGUUGAACAGGAGAAGCCUACAAUCAUCACAGUCCCAGGAAUUGCUAACUGUUCUGAGACAAAGUAUGUGCGCACAUUUGCUGACUACGCCAUUCGUCAUGGCUUCAAAGUUGCUGUUUUAAAUCAUUUGGGAGCAAAGGAAGAGGGUGGAUUGUCCACUCCAAGAAUUUUCACAUAUGGUGGUACAGAGGAACUAGCAGCCAUGGUUUCACAUAUCACCUCUGUGGGUAAUCACCAGCGACUUAUUGGAGUCGGGUUCUCUAUGGGUGCAAACAUUUUGAUGAAAUAUCUAGGAGAGGAACCUUCAAGGCAGGAGUUAUUUGAAUGUGCUGUGUCUGUGUGCCAGGGAUAUGAUAUUUUGAGAGCAAAGACUCUCCUUCACGAAUGGGAUGGACUACGACGUUUCUACAACUGGGGCAUCACCCAAAGCGUGAAAAAGGUACUCGACCGCAACAUGAAGGUUUUAUUCCAGUGCCCCAAAUUUACUUCAUCUGUUCAUCAUGUUCGCUCGUCUUCUUCCCUUGUGGAGCUUGAUGAUGCAUAUGUCAAAAAAAUGGCGGGAUUCCAUAAUUUGGACGAGUUUUAUGCUGUCAACAGUUCCUGUAACUAUAUAAACCAGAUUAAGAUCCCAGUAUUUCUUUUAAAUGCCUCAGACGAUCCCCUCAUACCUGAGGAACUGUUUGAUACGCCAUACAACCACGUCAAAUGUAAUGAAUCAGCAGUGUUUGUCGUGACUCAUCAUGGUGGCCAUCUUGGAUUUUACGAGGGAGGGUUUUUUACUGUUUUCCCUUUGACUUGGCUUGACAAGGCCGUGAUACAGUAUAUCAAGGCGGUUUUAAAAGUGAAAAACGAGGGAAAAUUAUCAUCCUUGUCCGAGCAGGACGAAGAAUAUGUUAGUGCAUCCUAGCAUUCGCCGGAAAGUGGCGGUUUUGUAUAUCUCCUUCGUAAGUUUUUUUUUACGAUCCUAAACUCCAGUUUUACCCAAUGACCAUUUCAGUUUUGCGUGAUCUUAGAUUUGAGGGACAACAAAGCUAUCGGCAGUGGCCAUCAUCUUUAAUCAUAAAGCUGUUCACGAUUCAUUUCAACUGCAUUAUUACUGUUGGUUUGUCAAACCUCGGGAUUAUCUCAACGUAAACAUUUUAGAAAUUUAAUUAUUUUUGAUAAAACAGUCGUAACAUUCGAAUUAGGUAGAAUACUUUUGUGAAACGCUGUCACAAGUUUAAAGGGAAUUAAGGGAAAUUUUUAUAAUAGAAAAUAUUCUGAUUAAAUAAAAUAGUCACAGAUAACUUCGUGAUGAUAAUGAUAUUGACAAACAUCGAUUAAAAACUAUUUUCCAACAAUAAAACAUAUCUUGUAACUAAUUCAUCAUAGUAAAUCAGAGAUGAAACCUUGAUGGUAAGGCUUCUUGAAAACAUGAAAAUGUUUAUCUUAAAUCACGCCAGAAACCCAGUAAUUGUUAUGUUGUUUAUAAAGUUUUAACUUUUCUCCGACAGAGAACCCCUCCAUUGCUAAAAAUUCCUAAACUACACGCAUAUAUCAAAACUUUGUUUCAACUGACCGCUGUAAUAAAGCUAUGCGUAAAGCAAAAUAACAAUCUCAAACUUUUUCCUUGUCAAACUUCGACAUCCUUUCGGUGAAUAAUGUUGUCUUUCAUGUCCUUUUAUUGUAUUUAGUUAUUUUUCGGUAUUUAUGUGUUUUUAGCGCAUUCAUCUUUGCCCAAGAGAAGCUGCAAAAAGUAGAGGAAUAAUUUAGGAAUUGGUCGUGACCAUCACGUCGAUGAUA